AUGAAAGUGGCGUUGCUUCUCGCGUGCACCGCCCUCGCCUCCGGGCUGCAAUCUGCGAUCCCCACGCAGCCCCUACCCCUGGCCACGCGGCGGCUCGUCGCCGUCCCGCGCGGCGUCGACGUUGCCCUCCCGUCGAGGCAUGCGCGUGCUUCCGCCGGCCGCUCCUCACCCUGCUGCAUGGCGCUCGCCGCGGCCGACGACGCGGGGCAGCAGCUGGACCUCGGCGCUCUGGGGCGGUACUUCUUCGCGGUGCUGAUGCAGCUGAUCGCGCUAACCUCGCUCGACGACUCGGCGCCAGAGGAGCGCGUCACGGCGACGGCGGCCGAGGACGAGGCGCUCGAGGCUGCCCUCCGGCCGGACGGCGGCGGCGGCAAGCCGAUGAAGAAGACGGCGCUGCGGGCAGAGUGUGAGGCGUCGUGUCUCGUCUACUCUUCCUCCACGGGACGGCUCAACGAGGGCCACUUCAACGACCCGGCCGCAGAGGGGAGGGUCGGCGCCGCGGUGCCCGGCUCGGCCCUCGUCUGCCUCUCCGCCCUCUACGCCGCCAAGCAGUACUCCGACGUAGCGGGCAUGCGCAGCCAGACCCGGCUGACCAUCGAGGCUUUCGAGGGUCUGUAG